AUGAUAACAAAAUCUGCAAAUCCUGAAAAGAUUGUCACACCUAUAAUUAACAAACAUAGCAUAGAACCAAUAAAAAUAAAAAAUUUACAUGAAUUAGAAUAUGAAUUAAAUAAUAAAAUAUAUACAAACAUAUAUUCCUAUAAUCAGUUAUGUAAUGGUAUAUAUGUUUCCAGAGGGAUAAACAGUAUUACAGGAAAAAAAAAUAGUGGUAAAACUAGUUUAUGUUCACAUAUAUGUGUAAAUGUAUAUUUUAAUGAUUUGCUACAAUUUUUCCAUCUUUUUUAUUCAACAUAUUUUGAUUUUGAAAUAUUUUUACAAAAUAAAAAUAUAGAAAAUAAAAUUUUUUCCAAAACAUUGCGAGAUUUAAAUAAAAUACGAAAUGCGUUUAAAAAUCAAAACACGUCUUUUGAAGAAUUGAUUGAAUUAAUAAAUUAUUUUUAUAACUUGUUUAUUGAAUUAUUUGAAAAAAAAUAUGAUGGUCCAAAUAAUAAUCAUAGCAAAGUGUUAAAAGCUAAUCACAAUAUUUCUAAGGAUACUAAUAAUAAAUAUAACAAUAAUUUUUCAAAAAAAAGAAUUAUAUACCUAGACUUAGAUAACAGUUUUUAUACUGAAAGAUAUAAAAAUAUGAUAUAUUCCUCAAUUGAAAAACUUAAAAAAUUAUUGAACACUUACAUAGAGUUUUGUUCUGAAAAAAAGACAUAUUUAUUUUUAUUAUUAUUUCAAAAUUUUAAUAAUUUUACUAAUAAAAAAAAUACAUUUAAUUUAUUUUUUCCAAAUACAUAUGAAGAAUGUAAUAUUUUUAUAAAUAUGUUUAAUAAAUAUUUAAAAAAAUAUAUAUAUAAUAUUACAUUUUCUGAAGUUUUUCUAAAUUUACAGAUAUUAAAAAUUUUUAAUUUUCAAGAACUUAUUAAUGUUGUACAAUAUAUUUAUAAGCAUAUUCAAAAAUAUGAACAAAAUCCAUUUAAAUAUUUUAACAAAUAUGUUCCUUCAAAUAUAGGGGCAUUAGUAAUAGACAAUUUAAAUUAUUUGUACAAAAGUAGCUACUGUUAUGAUAAUUUAAAUAACUCUACUAAUUCAAAUAAUAAAAAACAUUACAUAAAUAGUGAAUUUACAAAUUUAUUAAAAACAUUAUCAAUAUUACCUACAAAACAUAAAAUAGCUGUUUUAGUAACAAAAAAUAAAAAUAAUUUUUUUAACAAACACGAAGAAUAUUUUAACACACAUUAUUCAAAAUAUUUGUAUAACAAUAUAAAUAUAAAAUUUAUUACCAAUAAAUUAUUUUGGAAAUACAAUUGCCAAAUAAAUGAUAAUAUGAUGUUUAACGAAUUCAAAAAUAACAAUAACAAACAUCAUAAUAAUGAUAAAAAAAUGAAUUUAGAGAAAUUCAACAAUUCAUCUUCUAGUGAUGAAAGUUUUCAACAAUUAGAAGAAAACUCAGAUAAAUUAUUUUGUGAAAAAAAAUAUAAUCAAAGAUAUAUAAAAAUUAAAAAACGAGGAAAAGUUACAAUGUGUUUUUUUGAAAUAACCGAAUAUGGUAUUCAAACAUUAAUUAAUUAA